AUGAGUGCGUGUAAGGAGAGCGCGGAUGUGAAAGGAGAGUUAGAGGGGAGCGACGCAAAGGGAGUGAGCAGUGCGGAGGAAAGAGGAACGGAGGGAGUGCUUAAGGGGGAGGAAGAUGGGGUAAGGGGAAAGGAUGGCGAGGCGGAGGCGAAGGAGAAUGAGUCUAGGGAGGAGGCUGGGAAGUUGGGGAUGGUGGAGGAGGAGGGUAGGGUGAAGGAAGGAGGGUUAGAGGUUAGGGCAGGAGAGGCGGCAGGAGAGGCGGAGUUUAAGGAGGAUGGGAAGGAGGAGGCUCGGGACAUGGAUUAUGAAGGGGUCAACGGGAAUGAGGAGGAGAUGAUGGGCGGAGAAGAAGAAAAAGAGGAGGUGAAGGGGAAAGAAGUGGAAGAGGGUGGGGUGGCGAUGCAGGAGAAGAAAGAGGAGGAGGACGAGAGUGAGGAAGAGGAGGAAGAGGAGGGGAGUGAGGAAGAGGAAGGGAGUGAGGAGGAGAGUGAAGAAGAGGAGGAGAGUGAGGAGGAGGAAGAGAGUGAGGAGGAAGAUGAAGAAACAGCAGAGGACGGGGAUGAAGCACAGGAGGAGAAGGAGGAGGAGGAAGAGGAAGAAUUACGCAAUGGCAUAUUGAUAGAGGAAGAGGAGGAGGAGCUGGAGAGGCUUGAAGGGCACGCGGGGGACAUGGGGGAGCUGGUGAGUGGCAUGGGUGACUGGCAGGCAGGGGUUAAGGCAGGGGUUAAGGCAGGGGUUAAGGUAGGGGUUAAGGCAGCGGUUAAGGCAGGGGUUAAGGCAGGGGUUAAGGCAGGGGUUAAGGCAGGGGUUAAGGCAGCGGUUAAGGCAGGGGUUAAGGCAGGGGUUAAGGCAGGGGUUAAGGCAGGGGUUAAGGCAGCGGUUAAGGCAGGGGUUAAGGCAGGGGUUAAGGCAGGGUUAAGGCAGGGGUUAAGGCAGGGUUAA